AACACAAAGAAAAGAAAAAUAAAGUUUAACAUUCUCCUGUUUCUGAGUUCUACCUUCUGUCUGCCUUUGAGUUAUUCAGAUCUCUAUCUCUCUUAAAAAAUGCCAAGCAAACUCUUUUUAGUUAUCAGUGAUUGAUUUUGUGACAGUUUGAGUUUUGCAUUGUUGAAAAUAGCUUUUAUCAUUUGUUCAUUUUUCCGAGAUCUUCUUGUUUUCUUCAAUUAUUUGCAACAUUCAAAGCUUUUCCACUGCAACAUCAUUUUCACCUUUCAAAACUCUGUCUCACUGAGCCCUGAACGGUUACUGCACACUGGAAAAUGGUUUACCUCAUUGGCCUAAUUUGGGCCCCAUUUUUGUCUAAAGUUUCAAUUUUUAUCACUCUAACUUAAUUAUUUUUUUUCACUGUUAUUUUGCUUCCUCUUAGGAAUCUCCUGCCUUCGUUUUGCUACAAAGUCACACAUGGCUCUAAACAAUUUCCAAUUUCAAGUUGUUUUGUCUAAGCAAUCUUGCUAGCUUGUCGAUUUGUUUCUGGGAAUUGCAAAGUUUUUUUUUUGUUUUUUGUGAUGUUCAUGGUAGCUGGCAGCUUCUUGAAUUUCUGAGCUUUUGACUAUUCUUCAGGUACCAAACUCUCUUUUUCUACCCCACUUGGAUCUUUUGAGAUUUUCUUCUCUGCCCUUCAAACUUUUGGUCAUUCUUUACCUAAUAUUCUUAGAAAUUUGGUGUUUUGAGUUCUUUAUCAUUUCAUCACUAAACAGCACUUUGGGGCUUUGGAAACCAAAAGCCUCUAUCUUAGCUUCUCUCUUCCCAGUUGUUAUUGAUGAUUAUGAGGUGGAGUUCAAUGUGCUUCACAUGUAACUGAGACUUGGAGAAUAGGGCUGAUUGUUAUAACUCUUAGUUUUUCCCUUUUAGCAUAUCUAGAUAUGCUUGAACAGCAAGAGGGUUGUCUCCUUAGAUCACCAUUUUUGCUAUGUAUUUCCAUUGGCUUCUUAAUGUAUCAUUCUGUUGUGGAAGCUGAGAUUCCAUUAGGUUCCAAACUUUCUGUGGUUGAUAAUGAUUAUUGGGUUUCCUCCAAUGGUGAUUUUGCAUUUGGAUUCUUCAACAUUUCAGACCAAUCUAAGCAGUUUAGUGUUGGCAUUCGGUUCAAUUCCAAUUCGAUACCAUAUAGCCAACAAACUGUGGUUUGGGUUGCUGGUGCUCAGGUCACAGUUGGUAAUAUGUCCUACUUUGAACUCACUCAGGAAGGGGAAUUGGUCCUGUUUGAUUCCUCACAAGAGGUUUCUGUUUGGACCAGUGAAACGCGACACCGAUCUGUGGUUUCAGCUGCCCUUCUUGACAGCGGAAAUCUUGUUCUGAUGGAUAAAGGGAAAAACAUCAUUUGGCAAAGUUUUGAUACUCCAUCUGAUACACUUCUCCCAGGACAAAGUUUAUAUGCGAAUUCUUUGCUUCGAGCUGCAAGCAAGAAUUCCAAGUCCAGUUACUAUAGUCUUCACAUGAAUGCUUCAGGUCAUUUAGAGUUACACUGGGAAAGUAAUGUUAUCUACUGGACAAGUGAAAGCCCUUCUGUUUCAAAUCUCAGUGCUUUCCUUACAACCAGUGGAGCUCUAGAACUUAGAGACCAAAGUUUGAAACCUGUUUGGUCUGUGUUUGGAGAGGAUCACAAUGAUUCUGUGAAAUACAGAUAUCUUAGGCUCCAUGUGGAUGGAAAUCUUCGCUUAUAUUCGUGGGUUGAAAGCUUAGGAUCAUGGAGAUCGGUCUGGCAGGCUGUUGAAAAUCAGUGCAAGGUCUUUGCAACCUGUGGUCAACUUGGUGUCUGUGUCUUCGAUGCCUCAGGUUCUGUUGAUUGCAAAUGCCCUUUUGAGGCAACUGGGACCGGCAAAUGUUUAGUUCAGGAUGAACAGGAGUGUGAAUCUGGCUUCAAUAUGAUAGCAUACAAAAACACUUAUCUAUAUGGAAUCUACCCUCCUGAUAAUUCUAUUAUCACAAGUAGUUUGCAGCAUUGUGAACAGUUGUGCCUGAACGACUCACAAUGUACAGUUGCAACCUUUUCCAAUGAUGGAACUCCACAAUGUUCGAUAAAGAAAACUGAAUAUGUCACUGGUUAUUCAGAUCCAUCAGUAAACUCAAUAUCAUUUGUUAAGAGAUGUUCAGGUCCAUUUGCUGUAAACCCAGGUCUCACUAAGUCCCCUCCUUCCGAUCCACCUCCUAGGAUUUGUUUUUCUUGUGUGAUAGGAGCUUCUACAGGAACAUUGUUCGUCUUUGUUAUUCUGCAGGCUGGAAUUGGGUUCUUCAUCUACAGAAGAAAGAAAUCUACCAGGAGAAAAGCCACUUUAGCUUUCACAGGCCAGAACUCAAAGGGUUUAAUUGUGUUGUCCUUCUCAGAAAUCAAGAGCUUCACUGGGGAUUUCAAGAAUCAAAUUGGGCCAAAGGUGUUCAAGGGUUUGCUACCAAACAAUCACCUGAUUGCAGUUAAAGACCUGAACGCAUCCAUAGAAGAAAGGAAGUUCCGUAGUGCUGUUAUGAAGAUGGGUAGCAUCCACCACAAGAACCUUGUGAAGCUGGAGGGUUAUUGUUGUGAGUUUGAUCAUAGAUUUUUGGUUUAUGAGUAUGCCAAAAACGGUUCAGUGGACAAGUACAUAGCUGAUUCUGCUCUUUGCAGGAAGCUAACAUGGAGAAAGAGAGUUGAAAUAUGCUCAAGUGUGGCUAGGGCCAUAUGUUAUUUGCACUCAGGGUGCAGGGAGUUUAUAAGCCAUGGAAAUUUGAAAUGUGAAAAUGUUAUGUUGGAUGAAAACUUAGGGGCCAAGGUGACUGAAUUUGGGUUUGCUAUUGUAGAUGGUAAGACAACAUAUUGUGGCUUUUCAGCUGAGAAGGAUGUAGAGGAUUUCGGCAAGUUAGUUUUAACCUUGUUAACGGGGUGUUGUGAUCAAGAUCACGUUGAACUUUGCAAGUGGGCAUAUAGAGAAUGGAUGGAAGAGAGGGUAGCCAAUGUGGUUGAUAAAAGAAUAGAAGCUGGUUACAAUUCAGAGGAAUUGGAGCGUGCAUUAAGAAUCGCGUUUUGGUGCCUUCAAAUGGACGAACGUAGGAGACCUUCCAUGGGGGAGGUAGUAAGAGUACUUGAUGGUACAUUGAGUGUUGAUCCGCCACCACCUCCAUUUGCCUUGCAAAGGCAAUUGCAGGUAGAUGAUUCUGAAGAAAAUGGCUCAGAAUUGGAAGUGUAGA